UUUAAGAUCGUUCGAAAAUUCGUUCAUUCAGAACUCGGCGAGCGACGUCGCACGUCCGCCGACAAUUGGCUUCCGAAAAGAUAGAAUUACUUUAUGAUCCAAUUAAUCAUCCAGAUUAAUCUUACUUGAGAAUCUUCUCUUAAAUAGAAAUGCUCUCAGGACAGCUCUGUUAUAUGAUUCUCAGGGGCGAAUAAAUGUUGAUUCACAAAAGUCGAACGUCGAAUGGUAUUAUUGGACAAGAUGCGCAAUUCCUUACUAAUCCAUUGAUUGAAUCCCUCGCGGCGCAAAUUGAAGUCACGCCGAUUUGCAAACGGACCAAAUUGGUUACGGCGUGUUUAUCCGGUAACGAAACAAACGAGCAAUCAUUUGACGGUCCUCCGUCAGCUGAGCUCCGCCAUUACUAAUUCCCAGGAGAGAGAGAUAUUCGGCGGACUCUCUGAGCAAUAUCAGCGAAAGUUAUCCGUCUCUUAAUUCACGUCGACGGUGUAACGGAGGCGCUUCAUCGCGGAAUGUGAAGACGUCCGUCUGAUGCUCAAUAAAGGCCGUUCCCUCCUGUCGCCGAGGAUCCCGCUUCCGUGGCACGAAAGAUUGCUUGCUGCAUCGCCGCCCACGCGUUCGUAUCACGUUCGCUGGUAAUAUUCAUGUAGGAGUCGAGGAUCACGCUCGCGGCAGCUAAAAAUUACUCUCGGAUACGCGAUGCCGAUGAACGAGCCGGAUGCGGAAAUUUUCGGGAGGGAUCAAUCACGGCAUCAGGUUGCCGUUAAUGGGGCGCAUCACGAAGAAAAUGACAGGAUGUUAGCAAAGCAGGAAGUAAUCAACGAGGCCGAGGUGACCGGUGAAGCCUGGACACCUCCGAGUAAGUCAAUCAACCAACUCCUACAUCGCACAUUUGUCGCAUUAAAAUUUUCAGAUAAUCUCGAAGAUUCUACCGAUACUCGACGGACCAAUCCAUCAGGAUCAAGGGAAUCACCGGAAUUAUCUCGUAAGAUGUCGAGGACCGAAGCCGUUAGGCAAGAUGUCAUGAGGUUGAAGAGCGCCACGUUGGACAGAAUGGGGAAGAUGUUUAGAGCGCGCACGCCUGCUGCGGGAAGAUCAUUUUUAGGCUUGGACACCAAUGUGACAAGUGUCAAUGAUUAUGACGAAAAAAAAUCGAGGAAGGAAAAGACAAACUCUUUGGGACGGAUGCUUAAGCUUGUCGACAAAGAUGGCUCGCCUAGGAAACUUUUCGUCCAUCCCCGAGCAGGAUCGCUGAGUCGUAUACUACGUAGACAUCCUCAUAAUGAGGACAAUGGAAUUAUCGAUAAACCCGCGGAGGACACCGGGCGUGGAAUUCUCUCCAGAAUGCUUAGUCAACUGAGAGGAAAGUCGUCCCAUGAGCAAAACUACCACUAGGCCUGAUGCGCAUAAGCGCAACAAACUUAAUUCCUCAUUAGAACUGCCAUCAGAAAUGCCAUUAAAUUCGAAGACGACUAAUGUUACGUAGGCAUCAUUAGCGUCUAGAGAAUCGACCCAGACAUCGUUCAACUUGAGAGACAUUUGUAUUUAUUUUGACUUAUUGUAAUAAAAAAAAAAUUUUUUUUUUUUAA